GUGAACGCGAAGAUUUUGAAGGAUGUGAAGUUUCCUCUGAUACUUGACCUAUGUGAUAUAUGUACACCAGCACUACAAGAACGGUUACGUCCACAGCGAGCCGCUGUGAAGAAAGAAGAAGACGCUAAAAUCGAACGUAUGCGAAAGCACAAAAUGGAAGGAACGGAUCCAUCGGUAGGUCUUCUCCUGUUUCUGCUGCCUUUUACAAACGCGUUAUCAAUGGAUAUGUGA